CUCUAGAGGAAAGAAAGAUUUGUCUUCACGAUUUGCUUUACAGUAUCUGAAUAGUGAAAGCACAAUGGACACUUUUUAGAGUUUUUACAGAAAUCAAAAACCAUCUAGGAACAAGAAGGUUGGACUUUGAGAAAUAACAGACUUCAGAGAGCCCAGAAAUUGGUCACUGGUAAACCCGAUUUUGCCAUACAGCUUGGGAAUGAAUACCAUUGAGACAGCAAAGCUUGAAGAGCAUAUGGAGGGUCAAAACAAUGACACUUCAAAUAGCUACUCACGACCUACUCUCUCAGUCAGUGAAGAGAACAAAAAUGGCACUAGCAAACCAAAGGGCUUGUCGAAUGGCUUGCGAAAAACAACAAAGAAAUACCCUGAUUACAUCCAGAUUGCUAUGCCUGCCGAGUCUAGGAACAAAUUUCCUCUGGAAUGGUGGAAAACAGGCAUUGCCUUUGUCUAUGCUCUCUUCAACUUGAUUCUAACAACUGUCAUGAUCACUGUGGUCCAUGAGAGAGUACCUCCAAAGGAGCUAAGCCCUCCCUUGCCUGACAAAUUUUUUGAUUACAUUGAUCGUGUGAAAUGGGCUUUUUCUGUAUCAGAAAUAAAUGGAAUGAUACUAGUUGGAUUAUGGAUAUUCCAGUGGUUGUUUCUUAGAUACAAAUCAAUAGUGGGACGCAGGUUCUUUUUUAUAAUAGGAACUUUGUAUCUGUACCGCUGUAUCACUAUGUACGUUACCACGUUACCUGUGCCUGGAAUGCAUUUUCAGUGUGCGCCAAAGUUGAAUGGAGAUUCUCAGGCUAAGGUUCAGAGGAUCCUGCGACUGAUUUCUGGUGGUGGUCUAUCCAUAACUGGAUCACACAUCCUGUGCGGAGAUUUCCUGUUUAGUGGUCACACUGUGGUAUUAACGCUGAUCUACCUGUUCAUCAAAGAGUAUUCACCACGUCAUUUCUGGUGGUACCACUUAAUCUGCUGGCUAAUGAGUGCUGCUGGCAUAAUUUGUAUCCUUGUUGCUCAUGAACACUAUACCGUAGAUGUCAUCAUUGCUUACUAUAUCACCACACGACUUUUCUGGUGGUACCACUCGAUGGCUAAUGAAAAGACUUUAAAGGUCUCUUCGCAGACAAACUUUCUCUCUCGAGCGUGGUGGUAUCCAAUAUUUUAUUUCUUUGAGAAGAACGUGCAAGGCUCUGUUCCUUGCAGCUUUUCCUGGCCGAUAUCUUGGCCUCCCAGCUGCUUCAAAUCUUCAUGCAAAAAGUAUUCACGGGUUCAGAAAACAGGAGAGGACAAUGAAAAAUCUACCUGAAGAAAAGAAGGAAAGCAUCUGCUCUGUUUUUGUGGUGUUUUUUUUUUUUUUACCAAAACAUUAAUGCUGUAACCAAAGUUCUUAAGAGGACUACACUGUAACUGAAGAAGUGGACCAAGCUUCUGUGCAAUUGAUUGGAAAGACAAUUGUAGGCACAUGUAUUGCCAUUUCGUAUGUUUUCCUGUCAUCAGGCUGUACAGAUCUAUUCUACUCUUCAGUGCUAACAGAAUGCACCACUAAUGGGAUUUUUUUUUUAUUAAAGAAAAAAAUGGAGCAGGACUU